AUGUUUCGACUUGCCAUGGAUUUCACCUCCUGCGAAUCCCUGAGCCCAGGCCAUAGGCUUCGGCUCUUGCAAAGACCUGCUAGCUGGUAUGGAUUUCCCCAUAGCUCUUUGUGGCACCUUAAAGGCGGGCAGCAAGCGAGGAGUCGUGGGCUUCUGGGGAGCCGGGCGUUCCCCUAUUUGGAACAGUCUAACGGACAAAUGCCAAUGUAUCAUUCCAAAAGGCUGCACAAAGCGGUGGACCUCCUCUGGAAAAGCGGGCGGCCCAAGCACUCUGUGGAAUCGAACCCUUCCUUGGCAGAGUAUCAGGCUUAUUUGAAACGGAGGAAAAGGAACAUCCAGGGAAUCAUCAACCCCACAGUGGAGAAUGGGGUGAUUGUGUGGGGGUCGACGAGUCCUUUGGAGUUCUUAGAAACGGAUACGCUCCCGCACACCAGCACCAAAAGGAGUACACCAACCAUCACCACCACCACCAUUGUCACCACCACCACCACGGCGGCUUCCACGACGGUACCACCCAGAGGACCCGGGCCUGGGACCGGCACGCACAAGAACAACCCCGGUACUCGGGUUAGCACAAUGGAACCGCCUGCCACGCCCAAUGGUAAUGGAAAAGAUGUCGACGUUCCCCCGCCUAAGCUACCGGGGGAGACUUCAGGUCUGGCCGUCCAUCAGAUUAUCACCAUCACAGUCUCUCUCAUCAUGGUCAUAGCUGCUCUGAUAACGACGCUCGUCUUAAAAAAUUGUUGCGUGCAAAGUGGGAACACCAGGAGAAACAGCCACCAGCGCAAGAUCAACCAGCAGGAGGAGAGUUGUCAGAAUCUGACGGACUUCACUCCGGCCCGAGUGCCCAGUAACCUGGACAUAUUCACGGCCUACAACGAAACGCUGCAGUGCUCCCAUGAGUGUGUGCGGACGCCCGUGCCAGUCUAUACCGAGGAGACGAUACUUCCUCCAGGGGAUUAUAAGACAUCCUUCAAUGGGAAUAGACCCUCCUCUUCCGCGCCGUAUUCCUGUGGCCUUUCUGUCUGUGAAAUGGUUUGA